AUGUCGAACCCCAGCGGACCCUCCACGAGACACGUACACCCCUUCUACUGCUCCGUCUGCUCCCUCCCGACAGAGUACUGCGAGUUCGGGCCCUCCGUGUCCAAGUGCAAGACAUGGCUCAAGGAGAAGGACGACGACGAGUACGAAAAGAUCUGGGGAGAGGGUGCUCUUGCGGCCAAGAUUGGCACUCUGUCGUUGGACAAGCAGGAAAAGAUUGAGGCUGAUGCCGCCAAGCUCGAAAAGAAGGCUGCAAAGAAGGCUGAAGCCGAGAGCAAGAAGAAGGAGUCUACCAAGGUCAUCAUCAAACGAUCCGAACGUACCAAGCGCAAGCACCAAACCCAUAUCCAAAACCUCGAACUAUUCGGCGUCGACUUGAAAAAGGCCGCCAAGCAAUUUGCAGGCAAGUUUGCGACGGGCAGUAGUGUGAGCAAGAAUCCGCAGGGCGAGGAGGAGAUUGUGAUCCAGGGUGAUGUGGGGGAUGAUAUUGUGGAGAUGAUUCGAGCUGGGGCGGGGGCGUUGAAGGGGGUGCCGGUGGAUCAGAUUACGAGGGUCGAGGUGAAGAAGAAGAAGGUGGAGGAGGAUGCCCCUGUUGCUUGA